AUGGUGGCGGCUCGACAGGGAUCAGGCUGGGACCUGGGCAAUGACGUGCAGCGGCCGCCAAGAAAGGGACGGUUUGGUGCCUCAGGCACUAUUGUCUUAUCUGCGAAGCUUCCGGAGAGAGCUGCCAAGAGCUAUGACCUAAGCUCCCAAAAGUUUCCUUCAACUCCAGGUUCAAGGGGCAUCACCAGAAGUGGGAAUUGCCCAGCUUUCACCAUGCCGGUUCCAAGAAUAGCCGGUCUACGGGCUGUAGGAGCGCAGAGACUACUUUCCACACCACGAAGAAGCCCGCAAACAGCGCUCAAUGGAGCUCGUCAAUCCCUCGGAAUCGACCAGCAAGGCCGUCUAAAGUCGACAACCCCACCACCGGGCGGUGGACAAGGGACAGGUCAACAACAAGGGCAGGGGAAAGAGGGCGAGCAAGGAGAGGCUCAGAAGGAACAGUUCAAGAAGGGGUUAUGGUCAACAUUCUGGACGCUAUGGAAGAGGGACAUGAAGCGAGGAUGGGAAAUCACGAAAAAGACAUCGCUCAAACAGACAUGGAAGGAAGAGCCAAUCGGUCUGGUCAUCGGCGCCGUUGGUGCGACACUCUCCAUGUGUUUCCUCGCUUUUACCUUUUACCAAUACUUUGCCUACUACAACUCUCCCACGUUCACCGUUUUCCCCGAGGACGUCGCCUUCGCGUUGAGGAAAGCUCUCUACUUUGGUGACUUCAAAAAGGACACCAAGCGCGCGCUGCAUUACUACAAGCAGGCUAUCGAGCUCUGCCAGGAGCACAAACUCGACCACUUCUCCGACGAGGUGAUGGGUAUCAAGCUCAAGCUCGCCGACUGGCUCGAGAAGAUCGACAACCACCGCAACGCUAUUCACAUUCUCGAGAACCUGCUCUCUGACUGCCAGCGCUGGAUCGUUGCGUUUGAGAAGGCGGAAAAGGAGGAGAUUUUGCCGGGGCAAAAGAACUACAAGCCUCAGCAUGCUAUCAAGGCUGUGGAAGGUGAGACACCGGGCGAGGUCAAGAUGGUUGUUAUCCCACCGCCACCGGUUGAGGAAGAGGGAGGAGCCAAGUCAGAAGGAGAGGCGGCUGCUCAACAACAGCAACAACCACCACCACCAACCAACCCAGACGGCACACCUAUUCAGCCAAAAGAAACUUUCCGCGGCAAGCGCACACGUCUAUUGAUGAAGUCGAUUGGCAUUGCUGUUAAGCUCGCCUCUCUCUACUCUGAUGACCAUGUUCUAGAGCGGGAAACCGCCCACGAGAAGCUCGUCUGGGCCGUGGAAACCAACCUCAGAGAACUGGCUCGCCGGCAAAAGGAGCCCCUCAAAGAAGGAGAGGGCAAAUGGAUGACACCCGAGGAAAUCGGCGGCACGCUCGAAUCUCUGGCGCACGACUACCAAGCCCAGGCCCAGCAUCACUUGGCCGUGCCUCUUCUCUUCCAAGCACUAAGAAUGUGCGAUCAACCAUGCCAUACAGCCAUGCUUAGUAUGUUUUUUAUUUCAUCUCCCUUUUUUGACCAAAUUUUCACUAACAUGCGUCUAGUGUCAAACAUAUCCACCUCAUUCGCCGAACACCCCCUCCUCCCACCCGGUGAAUCCCCCGUUGAUGCUCUGAUGGAGCAAGACGCCUCCAAGAUUUUUGCUACAGCCAAGCAGCAGCGCUCUGCGUACUUAGAGGCGGCGGAGAGAUGGGCGCAGAACGCGAUUGCGCAGGCGAAGAGGACGACGGGGGAGGAGAGGACUGAGGAGUGCGAUCAGGCUUGUGCUGCGGCGGUGAUCAAUUAUGGGUCUAUUCUUGCGCUGCAGGGGAAGACGGAGGAGGCGAGGAAGAAGUUUGAGCAGGCGAGGGAGAUGAUUGGGAAGAUGGAGGGGGGGGACACCGGGGUGUAUGCCAGGGAGGUGGACGACGGGUUGACGACGUUGAAUGGCCAGGGGGAGGACAACAACACGGCGAAAAAGAAGAUUAUGCCUGGGGGGGUUGUCCCUAGGUAG